AUGACAAAACGAAUGAACGGUCUUCGAAAGAAGUGGAAGGAUGCAACCGUCAAGGUGCUGUACAAGAACGGUGACCGGUCCAACUGUAACAACUACAGGGGGAUUUCGCUCCUAUCUCACGUAGGCAAGGUUCCCAUCAAAAUCAUCAACCGUCUAAGCGCCUUCUGCGAAGCCAACAACAUCCUCCCGGAGGAACAGUGCGGAUUUCGACCCGGGCGAUCCACCGUCGAAAUGCUGUUCGUCGUGCGCCGCCUCCAGGAGCUGGGGCGGAGAAAAUAA